AUGAAGAUCCUAAGAAUUUGCUAGCAAAGCAUUAUACUUGAGGGUCUUCAAACCUUAUUGAUAAAGAAGAGGAGAAAGUAAACUAAAAUGAAGCUGAGACUGCUUAUUACAACAGAGAAAUUGAAGCUAAAUGGUAUAAGAUGUUUCUAGAUGACUCAAUUGGACAACCAAGGAUUGAUAAUUUAGCCUGAUAUGUUUGUAAGUUAUUUAGAGGAGGUACCCAAAAAUGACUAAAUCGAGUAUUAGAUUUCCUCUACGGACUUAGGUCCAUUUAGCAAGUAUUAAGACUAAGCAUUAAAGAUCAAUUACACUAUCACUCAUAACGUUCCUAGAGAAUCAAAUUCAGACAGUGAUUGCCUGAAUUGGUAUAUCAACUAAAACUAUGAUUUUUCAUUGAGAAGUGCUAUUAGACUAACUAUUGACUUCACAAAAUAACCUUGCCAUCUAGACAGCUAUAAUUUAGUAGAGUUUCUCUGGGUCUCAGCAGGUGUUAUCAUUUUUGCACUUCUUUCAAUCAUCCUCUAAGUGAAAUAUCUGUUUUCAAUAAAAGCAAGAUAUGAAAGAUUAAGGAAAAAGUACAAUAAAAAACUAAAUAAGGAUUUAAAUUCACAUGAAAAAGCUUAAAAGAUAAUAAGUCCUAAAAAUUAAAAGCUGCUAAAAUCCUAUACAAGAAUUCAGGAUAAGAAUAGUAAAUAUCUAAGCAUGGUCAGGAAAUAAUCUAUUGUAGACAGCAGAUAGGGUGACAAUAAUCCAUUUAAUAUGUCUAUAAACGAAGAGGAAGAAGAAAAGGAAGAGAUAGUAAUGUCAGUAACUACUAGUACAUACUUUGGAUAUAAUCCUGAUAAAGAAAUCGAGAAUGAUAAUAACAAUUCAGUUAAAAUUAAUAAAACAACAGAAGAGGCUAGUAGAAAAGGGGUUCGAAGGUCUACUACAAUUAAUACUCAAAUCAACAGGAAAUAUUCUCAACAAUUUGAUCAAGGUUAUUAGGGAAAUGCAGGAAGAAUACUUGGAGAAAAAGUGCCAACUCUAGUAAGAUAAGAAAACAAAAAGGGUACAAAUACAAACUUUGAUGUGGAAGAUAUAUCUUUAAUUAAUAUUCAACCUGAAUAGUAGCAAUAGAAUGAAAAUGGAUAGGAUAUUAUUGACAAUGAGUAAAUAUUUUAACAAAAAAAGUUAGCAUGGGAUGAUUUAAGUUUCUCAGAUAGAUCCAGACUUAUCAAUAAAUUUUGCUUUAUUGCUAUUCUUGGUAACCUAUUCCAAAUAAUUGGGACUAUAAUGUAUCUAUUAAGGCCAAUAAGAGAGACUUCUGUUGAGGAUGCUCUUAUGGGAUUAGGUUGUCUUUUGGCAUGGUCUACACUGCCCAGAUACUUUAUGUUUUCACAAAAAUACUCUCUUAUUUUAAGAACAAUGGAGUACUCUUUCCCAGUUUUGAUGAAAGCCCUAUUGGGUAUAAUACCAUUUUUCAUUGGAUAUGCUAUCCUUGGAUAAUGUCUAUUCUGGCCUUUUCAAAAGAGAUUUGGUAGUUUCUCAAUGGCUCUUAUGACUUUAUUCUGUAUGAUGAAUGGAGAUAAUUUAGUUCCAGUGCAUAGAGAUUUAAGUUAAUACGAUGUACUCUGGGGUAAUUUAUAUCUUUACGUUUAUAUCUUCUUGAGUAUCGUAGUUAUCAUGAAUAUUUUCAUUAUAAUUAUUGAGCAGGGAUAUCUGACUAUAAAAUAUAAAAAAGCAUAUGAUUGGCUUGAGGAAGAUGAUAAGGGAGAUAUUCAAUCGAAUUUAAAUGUGCCAGAGGAAAUUAGGAUUGGAUCUGGCAAUUAAGAGGCUUUUGAACGAGAUAUGUUCAGCAAAUUGAGAGAUGCUUUUGAGGGAAUUACAGAUGGAAAUUAAUAUGGUAAGGGUGAACCUGUAGAUAAUCAUCCUAUGCCUAAACAGUUUUAGAGAACUAUUACAUCAUAAUAAUCAUUUGCAUCCAGAGGAUUAAAACCACAAAACUCACUGGUUUACAAGAACUAGUCAGUAAACAAAAAAGAGUUUAAAAGGCAAUAGUCAAAGAUUAUAUUUAAGGAUUUGAUCUUCGACGAAGAUAAGGCUUUUAAAAACGCAGCUUAAAAUAUUCAAAAGGAACCACUUCUGCUAUAAAGCAAGAAAAAUUCAUAGCCUCAAUGA